UGAACCAAGCACGUGAUCUAAUAAACACUGUUUGAUUGUGCUGGUAUACCAUGCGACAAAUUUAACAGUUUUGGUGUAGUUUCUGAUGUCUCUGCAAACUAAAUUACUCUUAGAAUCUGUACGCCUCAAUAGUACACAGACAUAUUUUCUGUGAGGAAGUAAAGAAAGAAGUCAUCUCGAGUUGCAGAUACCUGAGCUAGACUUUCUUCAUUCUUCACACUGACACUAGGGAUUUAUUGGGUGUAGAAAGAAGUGUUUCAGCUUUGUCCGACAUGAGUGAUCAAACUCGAGUUCUACUUUGGACCGUACCACGGACCUGCUCCACAAUACUUCUCAAGAGCUUGAGCAACAUCCCUGAGUCUCAGAUGAUUUGUGAAAUAUUUUCUAGUGCAAUCAUGUUUGGCCCUGACAGAGCCAUACCAACAUAUAUUCCUACUGAGCCCAUCUAUGAAGGCAUUGAGCUAGAUGGCAACGGCUUAUUGAAAUUACCAGGGUCAGGGUUCAUGAGUUCAAUCUGCUCCUUUGAGUGGGUCAAGCGACAACUUGAGGCAGACUACCAGGGUAAAAAGGUCAUCAUUGCUAAAGAGUUUGCCAAUAAUGUAAAUGGGAGAUAUGACGCCAUUCCAAAGGGCUAUCGACACGUAUUCUUGAUCAGAAAUCCUUAUAAGGUCUUCCCAUCCUGGAAGAAAAUGUUACUAGAAUUCUUUGGCAGAAAGCUCACACCUGAGGACCAUAUAUUCGAUCGGUUACCCAAGGAGCUCAGCCACCCUGAAGAUGCUUACAAGGAAGUGACUGAACUGUUGCAACACAUCAAGGAAAGCAACUUGGAUACAGAUCCAAUCAUCAUAGACUCUGAUGAUCUGCUUCAAAAUCCCAAAGAGCUACUGUCAGCUGUUUGUUCAAGGUAUGCAUCAUCUGUGAAUGGUCUAGCUACAAAGCAGGUAACUGACUACUAGUGCUAGUGUAGUGGCUAUAGUUCUACAAUGAGGAAGUUGCUAUGUUUAGGGGGUGUGAGCACCGCUGAACUAACCGAGUUACAGAGCAGAAGGUUGUGCCGCCCAUACAAGUGUGUGAGUUUUAUGGAUUGUGGUUACAUCAAGUCCCUUCUAAACACACGUAAGGUUCAAUGAUGUGUGGUGAAGCAGCAAACAAUCAGGCCAGGAUAAUCCUGUGGGCCUCGCCAAGAACAUGCUCCUCGGUCCUCCUCAAAAGCCUGAGCAACAUUCCAGACUCCAAGAUGAUCUUUGAGUUAUUCACAGUAGCCUACUUCUUUGGGCCAGAAUGCCUCAGCAAAAAUGUCUCGCCUGAGCCCUUCGAGGGUAGUGAUGAGCUUGACGAGGAUGGGCUACUUAAAGGUCAGGGGUCGGGGUUCAAGAGCUCCAUUGCAACAUUUGAGUGGGUCAAGAGGCAACUUGAAGCGGGCUACCCAGGGAAUAGGGUGGUCAUUUCCAAGGAGUUAGUCCCUUG